AACAUUGCAUAUUUUUUAAUAGCUUGUGGCUAAAGAAGCAUGGGAAAACUACUUAAAGAGAAACAAUUCUAUCAUAGUGGACAUAUUUCAUGGCCUUUUGAAAUCUACGCUGGUGUGCCCUGAAUGUUCUAAAGUUUCUGUUACAUUUGAUCCUUUUUGUUAUUUAUCACUGCCUUUACCAAUCAAGAAAGAAAGACAAAUAGAAAUCCUAUUAGUUACAAAGGAUCCUCUUAAAAGGCCAUUGAAAAUGAAGGUUACAGUGCCAAAGAUGGGUAUAAUUCAAGAUCUCUGUGAAGCAGUAUGUCGAAUGACUCACAUUCCAGCUGGAAAUUUGAAAGUUGCAGAUGUUUAUAAUCACAGGUUACAUAAAAUUUUCAAUAAAGAAGAACAUUUAAGUAACAUAUUGGAAAGAGAUGAAAUUUUUGUGUAUGAAAUUCCUGCUGCUCAAGAAGAUGGAUCUGAAUACAUAAUCCCAGUAUAUUUAAAAGAAAGAAGACCAAAGCCAGGUGUAAAUUAUGGGGCUACAUCCUCUCAACUAUUUGGCCAUCCAUUUUUGUUGCCGGUUCCAGCUAGAGGUUGUUCCUUUGAAGUUCUGUAUGGGAGGCUGCUUAAAAGCAUGUCGAGGUAUCUCAAGUAUCCUGAAACCGAAGAAGAUUGGGAAGCACUGGAAGCUAAUGAAAUAGAGAAACAAAAUGGAGAAAUAGAUAUGACUAAUGGUGAAGAUUAUGACAGUGAACCAUCUGAUUGUGAGAAAGAAAACAUAGACUGUGAUGAGAUUAAUAAUGUGAAAGAAAAGAAUCGCUUCCUGUUUACCAUACACAGUAUUAAUGCAUUGGGCAAUGUAGAAGUAGAGCAUUUUAAAAAUGAUGGACAGCAAUUAAAAGUGGAUCGGAAAAUGUAUUUAGCAGUUGAGUUUGAUGAGCGAAUCAAAGAAAAAUGUGUAGAUGAAAAGGAAUUGCUG